CCCGGCCCGCCAUGGUGCAGGCCUGGUACAUGGACGAGUCCCCGGAGGACCAGCGGGCGCCUCACCGGCUGCGGCCCAACCGCGCCGUCAGCCUGGAGCAGCUGCGCCGCCUCGGCGUCGUCUACCGCAAAUUGGACGCUGAUAACUAUGAGAGUGAUCCCUGUCUGAAAGAGAUUCGGAGAGCAGAAAAUUACUCUUGGAUGGAUAUAAUAACCAUACAUAAAGACAGGCUUCCCAAUUAUGAGGAAAAGAUAAAAACAUUUUAUGAAGAACAUUUACACCUAGACGAUGAAAUUCGCUACAUCUUAGAUGGAUCUGGCUAUUUUGAUGUUCGAGAUAAGGAUGACAAAUGGAUCCGGAUUUUCAUGGAAAAAGGAGACAUGAUAACCCUCCCUGCUGGCAUCUAUCACCGAUUUACACUGGAUGAGAACAAUUACGUGAAGGCAAUGAGACUAUUCGUUGGAGAACCCGUCUGGACAGCAUACAACAGGCCAGCUGAUGACUUUCCUGCUCGGAAACAGUAUAUGAAGUUUUUAGCUGAAGAAGCACAGUAAUGGUGUCCUAAGACCUGACAAGUGGAACACCCUGAAGGCCUGUCAAAAUAAAUGUGAUGGGUGGCUUUUCACCGAUAGACGACUUCUUUUUACAUAUGCAAUUGGAAUCACAGAGUCAUAGGAAAAUUUAAGUUGAAAGCUCAUUUGAAGGUCAUGUAGUCCAACCCCCUGCAAAGUACCAGGACAACUUUAAAGCCAGGCCAAGUUGCUCAAGUCCUUGCCUUGAGGUUUGGAAACUCCGCUGGUGGAGGUUCCACUGGGCACCUGUUCCAGCACUUAGCUGAUGUCAUGGGCAAGCAUUUGUGUCUGGCUCUGUCUUCUCCACAGUCCCUUCUCUAGUGGGAACCUAGUACGUCUCCUCUCAGCCUUCUGUUCUCCAGGCUAGACAAACCAGUGCCCUUAGCUGGGCUCUGUUCUGUUAAGCAAGAUGUUCAGCACAUUUUGUCCUGGUGUUGAACUGAGGAGUGUUACUUAUAACCACCUGACAGCUAGACUUGAACCAUUGACUGUUCUGAGCCCAAUGGUCCAGAAGUUUUUUGCCCAUCUUGUAGUUCACAUACUCAGUUCGGCUACAAGGCUACUUACUGUGGGACACACUAUUGAAAGCCUCGCUGCGGUCAAGGUGAAAAACAUCUGCUGUUUCCCUUCUGCCAGUGCCAGUCAUUGUCACUUGGUUGGCAGUCAGGAUGGUCAGGGAGAACGUGCCUUUGGUAAAUCAGUGUUGACUGGUUGCUCCCCAUCACCUGGUGUUUCAUGUGCCUGGAACAGCUUCCGUAACAGCUUACUCUGUACUUCUCCUGGGGACUGAAGUGAGGCUGACCAGCCUGUAGUUUCCCAGAUCUUCCUGCCUUUUUGAAGGUGGCAGUAUCAUUUGCCUUUUUCUGCUCAAAAAGGUUUUCUUGAUCUCUGUGACCUUUCAAAGAUGCCAACAGCCUUGCAGCGACAUUAGCUAGUUGCAUUUACAGUUGCUCAGGAAUCCAUUUUCUAACCUUUAUUUCCUUGAUAUUUCUGGCAGGUAGAAUUGGGAGAGGUGGGCUACAUGAAUAUUCAUUCUGCUCUGAAUCCAUGCUAAUGAACUAUGUAGGAUUCUGUUUUUAAUUCAAGAAAAUAAACCCUGCUUCAGUCUUGUCUAAAAAUGUUCAUAAGAUAAAUUUGCAUAAUCGGCAUUUUAGUAUGCAGCUUCCCAAGUUCUGCCCUGGUACAUAAAGCUGUGGGUUUCUCUCAGUAAAAUACAGCAAUUUGCUCUUGUGAUUUAUUAAUAAAAUUACUUUGACUUGU